UCUAAAAUACAACAAAAUUUAUACAAUUUUAAGCAAUUGAAAAUCACAAUAAACUAUUGUUAAGGAACAUAAAUAUUCAUAAAUAUUAUAUUUCGAAAACUCUGUAGUUAGCGAAUACUACAAAAUUAUCUAUUGCUAUUUCAACAUAAUUUCUCGCCAUUCUUAUUCUAGAAAAUUUGUAUUAACUUUAGUAAAAUUACAAAACCAACUGGCAAUAUGUCGUCAGGCAGCACGGAUUCUGCACGUAGUAGUAGGGUUCCCGAAGCGGAUGAGCUGAUUGAGUCCGUUGCCCGGUGCAAGAUGCCGCUGGGCGAUCAUGCAGAUAUUCAAGUUGUCUACGAUGUGAUUGAUGCAACCAUCUGUGCAGCUAUUAAAAUAAUCGAAUCUGAUCCGCGUGGGCUCUUUUGCUACAAGUACCCGGUGUCAUUUUACAAUUACUCCGACAUGCAGGGACCGAAUACACCCUCAAUGAAUUUAAGCGAGGCGUCGAGUGAUUUCGUGCAGCAGUGGCUGAAGAUCGGUGAAUUUGAGUAUAACAAUGUGUUGGCUGUUAUUCGGGACUUUAUCGCCAAAUGGCAUUUGUCGCCAAAUACGAAAUGUGUAGUCCUCACAAAUAAUCGACAUCACCAGGUGCCUCUAAAGGGUUCCAUUCACUUUGUCGAUGCUCACUUCUCGCGGCCCACGCAACGCUGUCCCAAUCCCUUGGCCGUGGCCAAGAUUCGAUUCAUCAUUACUGUGUCGAGUAUCAUGCAGAGUUAUUAUCCAGUGAUGAUAACAUAUCGUUUCGAAGGAUUUCGCACGCUAUAUUAUGCUGUGGGUGAGCGGGCGAUUCCAUCGAAUACAUUUCAAAGAUUUUACAUUGACACCAUCUUGCAUAACAAGUUAAGUUUCUAUGCGGAGAUCUGUGAGUGCCGUCAUGGUACCGCCGACAAGCCAAAGAAUAAUAUUGCUGACAAGAAAGAAUGUUGAACAUACACAUACACAUAUAUUCCCAUUAAACGAGAAGCACUUUUCUCAGAAAGUUA